AUGACGACAUUCCCAACAUCACCCCCCUUCUAUCUGUCAUAUCAUCACAACACUGUGGCAAGCAUUUCUGACGUAUUUAUUAUCCUGAACGAGCACAAGCACAACGUAAGAAUAAGUAACAUCGAGGAAGUAUCAGGAGGACUACAACUACGUACUUAUAUUAUAACAACUUCUACCAUGAAGAAAAUAUUCAACUACAUCGAAGAUCACCAUGGCUGUGGCUCUACUACCCCCAAGAAAUUAUUCAACUCAUCGCAUAUUACACAUCAACAUCAAUACCCUAGAAGAAGUAAUAAAAAUGAAAGCAGACCUUCAGAAGCAUUCCACCUGACGAUUGUUGAAUUUCCUUCAAAUGCAUUUGGUACUAAAAAUAGUAGAUCCACAGCAAGGGAACUUCUAGAGAAAUCUAAGGGACUUAGAGAAUUACUAAUACUAGAUGCACCAGCAGCACAACUCGAGAUGAGGCAGAAUAAAACAGCAUCCACAUUAGCAAGUACAACUGUGUUCCCGG